AUGGGCUUUUUAAGUCCAGUAUGUAUCCUUUUCUUCUUUUUUGGAGCCCAAGUAUAUUGCCAAUAUGAAACUUAUCAAUGGGAUGAAGAUUAUGGCCAAGAGUCAAAUGAAGAUUAUGACCCAGAAUUCCAAUUUCAUCAAAAUGCUGAAUACGGAAUUCCUUUUUAUCAGAAUACUUUAGGCUGUGCCAGUGAAUGCUUCUGUCCAACUAACUUUCCAUCAUCGAUGUACUGUGAUAAUCGCAAACUCAAGACUAUCCCAAAUAUUCCGAUGCAUGUACAGCAACUCUACCUUCAGUUCAAUGAAAUUGAUUCUGUGACUGCAAAUUCAUUCAUCAAUGCAACUCAUCUUAAAGAAAUUAACCUCAGUCACAACAAAAUUAAAUCUCAAAAGAUUGACUAUGGUGUGUUUGCUAAGUUUUCAAAUCUACUACAACUUCAUCUAGAGCAUAAUGAUUUAGAAGAAUUUCCAUUUCCUCUUCCUAACUCUCUGGAAAGACUCCUUCUUGGUUAUAACAAAAUCUCCACACUGCAAACACACGCCAUGGAUGGGCUAGUUCACUUGACUAUGCUUGAUCUCUGUCAUAACCAUCUUCAUGAUUCUGUGUUCAAAGAGAAAAACCUCGCCAAAAUGGAAAAACUAAUGCAGCUCAAUCUAUGUCAUAACAGAUUAGAAUCAAUGCCUGCUGGACUGCCUUCUUCACUUAUGUAUCUGUCUUUAGAAAAUAAUUCAAUUUCCUCUAUACCAGAUAAUUACUUUGACAAACUUCCAAAACUUCAUGCUCUACGAAUUUCACACAACAAACUGCAAGAUAUUUCAUAUGAUAUUUUUAAUCUUUCCAGCCUUAUAGAGCUCAAUGUUGGACACAACAAACUGAAGAAAGCAUUCUAUGUUCCAAGAAAUUUAGAGCACCUGUACUUAGAAAAUAAUGAGAUAGAAAAUAUCAAUGUGACAAUGAUGUGUCCUUCUAUUGACCCACUACAUCACCGCCAUUUAACAUACCUUCGUGUGGACCAAAACAAGCUGAAAGAGCCAAUAAGUUCAUACAUCUGGUUCUGCUUCCCUCACAUACACAGUAUUUAUUAUGGUGAACAAAGAAGCACUAAUGGUCAAAUAAUACAACUGAAAACCCAAGUUUUCAGGAGAUUUCAAGAUGAUGAUGAUGAUGACAAUGGGGAUGAUCAUGAUAAUGAUGACAACACUCCUGAGGGCCAAGAACAAGAGGGGACAGAACAACACCUUGACCCUCAUUACUAUGAAAUUCAAGAAUGGCAAGACACUAGAUAG